AUGUUGGUGCUGUUCACAGGCUCAGGACUCUGGCAACCAGAAGCUGAUAAGCUUGCUCUUCUUCGAGAGGAUAUCGACCAUAAUUCGCAUCGUUUGAAGGCUGUGCUGCGAAGACCGGACAUGCGCCGCGAGUUUUUCAAAGGGAUUCCCGACGACGAAAAGAAGGCUAUACAGGCUUUUGUUAGUCAGAACAAAGAAAGCGCGCUCAAAACAAAGCCCAAGGGUUACGAGGCUGACAACGAAAACAUCGAAUUACUCCGUCUACGCAGUUUCACCAUUGGAAAGCCCCUCUCCGACUCGGAAUUUAUGGCCUCGAAUGUGCAAGAGAGAAUUGCCGCCAUCAUUGGUGUCAUGGAACCCUUUGUUACGUACUUGAACAGCGUCGUUAUGCCUGAUCCAGUGGACCAGGAUACAGGCUCCGAGUCCGAGUCCGCAUGA